AAGAAAAUUUCACGAUUUUUUGUAUCCCCACCAAAAUUAAGCGUCGAGCCGUACGAGAUCGUUCAUAGCAUAAGGGCCGUGAGGAAACCGCAGUGAUCCGUGUACACCAUCGUCGGAGCCAGAGGAGUUGAAGCUUCGCCUCCAUCUCCGGCUUUCUCGUUCGGUUCAUCGAUUCCAGAAAUCCCACAUUAAACUCAUCGGAGUCGCCAUUUCCAGUCAUAGAUUGAAGAUAUGUCCUCGGAGCCACCUCAAUCAGAACCCUAUAAACCUUACACUCUGUCCCAAACCCUAACCGGCCACAAGCGUGCGAUAUCAUCCGUCAAAUUCUCGGCGGACGGCCGCCUUCUCGGCUCUUCCUCCGCCGAUAAGACCCUUCGCACCUAUGCUUGCUCCAAUUCCACUCUGACCCCACUCCAAGAGUUCCAAGGCCAUGAACAGGGUGUCUCCGACCUUGCUUUCUCCUCUGAUUCUCGUUUUCUUGUAUCGGCCUCCGACGAUAAGACCCUUCGCCUCUGGGAUGUCUCCUCUGGGUCCCUUAUCAAGACCCUUAAUGGCCAUACCAACUACGUUUUCUGUGUUAACUUCAAUCCCCAAUCCAACAUGAUUGUUUCUGGCUCCUUCGACGAGACCGUCCGCAUUUGGGACGUCAAAACCGGCAAGUGUCUUAAGGUUCUUCCGGCCCACUCCGAUCCUGUCACCGGCGUGGAUUUUAAUCGUGACGGCUCGCUGAUUGUUUCUAGCAGCUAUGAUGGAUUAUGUAGAAUUUGGGAUGCCUCUACCGGGCAUUGUGUGAAAACUUUGAUUGAUGAUGAAAAUCCACCUGUUUCUUUCGUCAAGUUCUCGCCCAAUGGGAAAUUUAUUAUUGUUGGGACUUUAGAUAAUACGUUGAGAUUGUGGAACUUCUCUACGGGAAAAUUUCUGAAGACUUAUACGGGCCAUGCUAACUCAAAAUUCUGCAUCUCCUCCACCUUCUCUGUAACAAAUGGGAAGUAUAUCGUUAGUGGUUCGGAAGACAAUUGUGUAUACCUGUGGGAACUGCAGACCAGGCAGAUAGUUCAAAAACUGGAAGGUCACUCUGACCCUGUUAUAUCAGUGUCUUGUCACCCUAGCGAGAACAUGAUUGCUUCUGGAGCACUCGGCAAUGAUAAAACUGUGAAGAUCUGGACCCAGAACCAGAAGAAAGACUAGUUCAUUUGUCAUAGUCCAGGUUUGAAAAUAUAACUGUGCAAUAGUUUUGUUAUUUUUGGGAGCCAGGUUCGGUGGCACACAAUUCUUGUAGCUUAGUUUAAUUUAAGUAGUCUAAAACUGUUGAGAAUGUAACUUUUUAAAAGUUAAGAAUGUGAGUUUUGUUUUCAUUAUCUGUACCUCUGUCCUCUUUGUCACUCUAUCACUUGCAAUCACAGUUUAGAGUCGUUGGUUUGCUGCAUCCCAAGAAUGUAGUAUAAAUAAGAGUUCAGGCUAUGAGUCUGGUAGUGUAUUGUUACUGGAAAUUGUUACAUAAGACAUUAAAUUCUGUUGCACCCCC